CCACGUGGGUACUGAGUAUCAUUGUUAUACGGAGCGAUUACCGUACAUAUUCACUGUUAUUUGGUGGUGACCGGAGUUCCAAUGAGAUGUGGUCUUGCAGUGGACUGAGAAGUGCCCUCAGUAGGUGUGUCAGUCUAUCUACAGUGAGAACAGUCCCAGAGGUUACGAGAUGGUGUGCCGGUUUUCAUCUCUCUGCACGACACUUCGAUGAGGCCAAUCUGAAGUCCUCGCCAAAGUUCAUGCCCGACUUUGAGCAAGUGAAAAUACUUAAAGAGGCAGACUCACAGGUGCAGCGUAUAUUCAGCCUGGAUAUGGCCUGUGAGAGGGAGCACAAGAAGGCUGCAGUAGCCGACACCAUCAGUCAGAUGCAGGCCAGGCCCGGAGACACCGGCUCAACCACUGUACAGAUUGCAGUGUUAACGAUACGCAUUAAGCAAAUGUCAGAACACAUGAAGAAGCACAGGAAAGAUUAUGGCUCUCUUCGCUCACUAGUGCAACUGGUUCACAGGAGAAGAACACUUCUAUUGUAUCUAAAGAGGAGCAAUUUUCAAGACUACCUAAAGAUUAUCUCUGAACUGAACCUUAAACACCCGAUUAAUGACAAGUACCCUAAAAAAUCAGUGGGUCAUCAGAAUAGAAUUGCAAAGAGGCAGAAGAAAAAAAAGAACACAUUCUGGAAAAAAUAGACUUGCUAGCCAUUCAUUAUUAUAUAGAGAGAGGUCAUAUUGUUGAUGUCACUGUUAUAUAUAACUGUUUAAUAUCAUUGUGUAUCAGAUUGGUAACACCAAACAUCAAGUCUAUAAAAAAAAACACUAAA